UGAGGUGACGUGUGCCAGAAUAAGCAAGAUAAAUUGUUGAACAAAGUGCAAACUUGAAUGCUGCUGAUUUUCACCAAGCAGCAGGCUGGAGAGCACACUCACAGAAGCCUUGAUCUCCAUACGUUCUGAAGGCUGGAAAAAGCACAGAUCCCAAAAUGUUCAUGAUGAAGAAUCCCAGAAGCAUUUUAUAUCUUCUCUUCUUUCAUGCGGCUUUCAGCCUGGAACGUAUCCGGUGGUGCACUGUCUCUCAGCAAGAACUUUCCAAGUGUAAUGACAUGAGCAAGGCCUUUCACGGAGCUGGCAUCCUUCCGCCUCUGGAGUGUACAGAGGGGGGUUCAGCUGCUAACUGUACCCACAUGAUCAAGGAUGGUUUGGCAGAUGCAGUGACACUGGACGGUCGUUUGAUUUACCAGGCUGGAAAGGAGCAUGGUCUGAAACCUGUGGUUGGGGAAGUAUAUGAUCAAGAGAUUGGAACUUCCUAUUAUGCCGUGGCUGUAGUAAGGAAGAACUCCAGCAUCACCAUCAACAACUUGAAGGGUGUGCGUUCAUGUCACACGGGCAUCAACAGGACUGCAGGCUGGGAUGUGCCAGUGGGUUAUCUCAUGGACAGCGGGCGCCUGGCAGCGAUGGGAUGUGACCUUCCAAAAGCUGUAAGUGAAUAUUUCAAUGAAAGCUGUGUUCCUGGAGCAAAUGGCAUAAAAUAUCCCAAAUCCCUCUGUCAGCUCUGCAGAGGGGAUGCAGCUGGGCAGAACAAAUGCGAAGGAAGUUCCCAAGAGCAAUACUAUGACUACAGUGGGGCUUUCAGGUGUUUGGCUGAAGGUGCUGGAGAAGUUGCUUUUGUGAAGCACAGCACGGUGCCUGAAAAUACAGAUGGAAGAAGUUCGUCUUCAUGGGCCCAGCGGCUUCGCUCCCAGGACUUCCAGCUUCUGUGCCGCGACGGCAACACAGCUGAUGUGAUGGAGUGGAGAACGUGCCACCUGGCCCGAAUCCCAGCUCGUGCUGUGGUUGUGCGGCCUGACACAGAUGGGACAGUUGUCUUCCAGCUCCUGAACCAGGGACAACAAAGAUUUAAUGGGGUAGGCACCAAGUUUCAGAUGUUUGAUUCUGCAACCUAUGAUGCCCAGAAUCUUCUGUUCAGAGACUCCACCACAGAGCUCAUUGCAAUCACAGGUCAGAAUUACCAAGAAUGGCUGGGUAAUGAGUAUCUUCAUGCCAUGCAAGCUCUGAGCUGCAACCCCAACACAUUGCCAGAAAGCCUGAACUGGUGCGUUGUAUCCACGGAGGAGAUUUGGAAAUGUGGUGAAAUGGCUGUUGCCUUUAAGCAAAAGAAUUUGAAACCAGAAAUUCAGUGUAUUUCUGCCAAGACAAAGGAAGAGUGCAUGGAGCUGAUCCAGAAAAAGGAAAGUGAUGCUGUAGUUCUGGGUGGAGGUGAUAUUUACAUGGCUGGGAAGACAUACGGCCUCGUACCAGCUGCUGGAGAAAGUUACUCUGCUGACGACAACAGCAGUGCAUAUUAUGCUGUGGUAUUAGUGAAAAGGAAUCUGUCCAAUGCAUUCACCAUCAGUGACCUGAAAGGGAAGAAGUCCUGCCACACAGGACUGGGGAGAAAUGCUGGAUGGAAUAUCCCCAUUGGUAUGCUAAUUAAGAGGGGCAUUAUUAAGACCAGGGACUGUAAUAUUCCACAAGCGGUGAGUGAGUUUUUCUCUGCCAGCUGCGUGCCUUCAGCUAACCAGGACAAUUACCCAUCAAAACUCUGUCAGCUAUGCAUUGGAGACAAUAGAGGAAACAAUAAAUGCAGUGCAAGUAGCCAAGAACGUUAUUACAGCUACAGUGGAGCCUUCAGGUGCCUGGCACAGGACUCUGGGGAUGUGGCCUUUGUGAAGCAUUCAACGGUGUUUGAGAACACAGAUGGUAAGAAUACUGAUAGUUGGGCCCAAAACUUGAAAUCCAGUGAUUUCCAGUUACUGUGUCCAAAUGGUGCCCGUGCUGAAGUCACCCAGUUUGCUGAGUGUCACCUGGCUCAGGUGCCCGCUCAGGCCAUUAUGGUUCACCCAGAUACCAGCAUUUUUGCCAUAUAUGGACUACUGGACAAAGCCCAGGUCUACUUUGGAAAUAGCAGCAAUGGAAAUGGAUUCAAAAUGUUUGAUUCUUCAGCUUUUAGAGGAAAAGACUUGAUCUUUAAGGAUUCUACUGUUGCGAUCGUGCCAGUAAAAGAGAGGAGGACGUAUGUAGAAUGGCUGGAGAGUGAAUAUAUUGAGUCCCUUGAAGGGAUGCAAACACCACAGUGCACUGGGGCAGGUAAUAAGAUCAGACAACACCUCCUUAUAACUACUGUUGUUCCCCUUCUUCUUUUGUGUCAGAUACAAGGCUUGGACUAGCAUGGCAACUUCCAGGCCAGCUCUGCCCUACCACCUUUUCCUCAGAUAAUCUGCCCUCGGAUAACAUUUGAAUGCCCCUUCCUGUCUCCUUGCAGGGCAAGGUGCUAACAGCAUCUGAUCAUCAGGGGAGUGGGUGGGGUAGAAUUUGGGGCAGAAGCCAGCAAUACAGUGUCAGCAUGGUUUACAAGAUCAGUCCAAUACUGGAGCACCUCUGCCAUCAGUGCUGAUGCUGAACCUCCCUGGACUGGAGGAUUCCUGAGUGCUAUUAGAUGGAUACUGGGUUUCUGAUCCGCAGAAGAAUUUCUGUAUCUUGGAAGGCAGUAUCAAAAAUACUGUUUGGUGAAUCUUCUCUGGCCUCCUGGCUGGUGAUGUUCCGACUCCUAUGUCCCUGCUUAUUCCAUCCUACCUUUGCUGGGGGCAAUGGUUUCUCCUGAGCUCUGCUGCCAGAAGAGUAAAUUGCACAGAGAACGGACAGGCUUUCAACAGAGAGAUGACCUCCAGUCCAGAAUACAGUUUCUGCCACGGGCAAGGUCCUCCACCUUGCAGCACAUUAAAGUGGGAGAACCUCCAGAGUUACUGAAUGAAAAAGAAAGCCAGAGAGACUUGAGGGACCAUCUGUUGGCAGAGGAAGGAACUAAGCCAAACGGCAUGCAUCCACGUGAGCUUGUUGACUUUCCCCAGCCAGUGCUCUCACUGCUUGAGAGAGAUGUCAUCUGCCCUGUGAUCAUUAAUUUGAUGCAAUCUCCAUCAAGAAACUUGUGGCUGUCCUCCUCCAUGGGGUUAUCUGAGUACCUGUGCAUGAAACUUGUAUUUGCUGUUAGUGAAACAAAGCAGUUAACUUAUAGUUAACUGUUUCUAUACCUACUGGCUUGUAGCAUUCAGUUUUUAUUUUUAUCCAUAGCUGCAAUAAAAACAAAUGUUGCUGUGCUGCUGGCAGGCGGCAUCCUCCUGACCACAGCUACCACCUCAUGAUCCUGGGAUGAAAAGCCAUUCAGCAUAAUAAAAAAAAUCCUGGUAGAACCAGAUGAUAAUAAUGGUGUAAAUAAACGAAAACAAACAAAUAAACAUGAGAAGUAAUUACCAUU